CAGGAGGACAGCGCCAUUCCGGGUGGCCGCUCCCUCCAUCCGCUUGCCACCGGCCCGCAGUGGUCCCCCCCGGAGCGGUCAGGCGAAGCUGAGUGGCGAACGCGUGACGCGGCCCGGCUUGCUCGUGCUUUCCCUCGCCUGCGCCCAUGAGCCGGGCCGCCGCGGACCAGCGGCUCUGAGAAGCGGGGCGCAGAGGAUCUGAGGCGGCCGCGGUGGCGCUCUCCGGCAGCGUCUCGCCGCUUGCCCGCGGGGCCCGCGAUCGCCCGCCGCCAUCGCCUUCGCGCCCGGCUGGCGGGGGCGCCGUCCUCCCGGGCCGUCCGCGUCGCUGCCCCGGGCCCGGUAGAGCGCGACAGGCGGGGCCGCCGCGGGGGCCAUGACCGUGGAGCAGAAUGUGCUGCAGCAGAGCGCGGCGCAGAAGCACCAGCAGACAUUUUUGAAUCAGCUGAGAGAAAUUACUGGGAUUAAUGAUGCCCAGAUACUCCAACAAGCCCUGAAGGAUAGUAAUGGAAACUUGGAAUUAGCAGUAGCCUUCCUCACUGCAAAGAAUGCCAAGACACCGCCGCAGGAGGAGACUGGCUAUUACCAGACAGCACUUCCAGGCAACGACAGGUACAUCAGUGUUGGGAGCCAAGCAGAUGCAAAUGUAAUUGAUCUCACUGGAGAUGACAAAGAUGAUCUUCAGAGAGCAAUUGCUUUGAGUUUGGCAGAGUCAAACAGGGCAUUCAGGGAGACUGGCAUAACCGAUGAAGAGCAAGCCAUCAGUAGAGUUCUUGAAGCCAGCAUAGCAGAAAAUAAAGCCUGUUUGAAGAGAACACCUAUAGAGGUUUGGAGGGAUUCUCGAAACCCUUAUGACAGAAAAAGACAAGAUAAAGCUCCAGUUGGUCUGAAGAACGUCGGCAACACCUGCUGGUUUAGUGCAGUUAUUCAGUCAUUAUUCAAUCUUUUGGAAUUUAGAAGAUUAGUUCUGAAUUACAAGCCUCCAUCAAAUGCUCAAGAUUUACCCCGAAACCAAAAGGAACAUCGAAAUUUGCCUUUUAUGCGGGAAUUGAGGUAUCUGUUUGCACUUCUUGUCGGUACCAAGAGGAAAUAUGUUGAUCCAUCUAGAGCAGUUGAGAUUCUGAAGGAUGCCUUCAAAUCAAAUGACUCACAGCAGCAAGAUGUGAGUGAGUUUACACACAAGUUAUUGGAUUGGUUGGAAGAUGCCUUCCAAAUGAAAGCUGAAGAGGAAACGGAUGAAGAGAAGCCAAAGAACCCUAUGGUAGAGUUGUUCUACGGAAGAUUCCUAGCCAUGGGAGUGCUUGAAGGAAAAAAAUUUGAAAACACUGAAAUGUUUGGUCAGUAUCCACUUCAAGUCAAUGGGUUCAAAGACCUGCAUGAGUGUCUGGAGGCUGCAAUGAUUGAAGGGGAGAUCGAAUCCUUACACUCAGACAAUUCAGGAAAAUCAGGCCAGGAGCAUUGGUUCACUGAAUUGCCACCUGUAUUAACAUUUGAACUCUCAAGAUUUGAAUUUAAUCAGGCAUUGGGAAGACCAGAAAAAAUUCACAAUAAACUAGAAUUUCCCCAAGUUUUAUAUCUGGACAGGUAUAUGCACAGAAACAGAGAAAUAACAAGAAUUAAACGUGAAGAGAUCAAGAGACUUAAAGAUUACCUCACAGUGUUACAACAAAGAUUAGAGAGAUAUUUAAGCUAUGGUUCCGGUCCCAAGAGAUUCCCAUUGGUAGAUGUUCUACAGUAUGCAUUGGAGUUUGCCUCCAGUAAACCUGUUUGCACCUCUCCUGUUGAUGAUAUUGAUGCUAGUUCCUCAACGAGUGGCUCCAUACCCUCACAGUCAUUACCAAGCACAACAGAACCGCAGGGAGCCCCCGCUUCAGACCUGCCCAGCUCAUCACCUGCAUCAGGUGCUGCCCUGUCCUUGAGGUCAGUGAUCCACAAACCCUUCACUCAGUCUCGGAUACCUCCAGACUUGCCCAUGCAUCCAGCACCGAGGCACAUCACAGAGGAAGAACUGUCUGUGCUGGAGAGCUGUUUACAUCGCUGGAGGACGGAAAUAGAAAAUGACACACGAGAUCUGCAGGAAAGCAUAUCCAGAAUCCAUCGAACAAUUGAACUUAUGUACUCUGACAAAUCCAUGAUCCAAGUCCCUUACCGCCUCCAUGCUGUCUUAGUUCAUGAAGGCCAGGCUAAUGCUGGCCACUACUGGGCAUAUAUCUUUGACCAUCAUGAGAGCCGGUGGAUGAAGUACAAUGAUAUUGCUGUGACCAAGUCAUCAUGGGAAGAACUAGUGAGAGACUCUUUUGGUGGUUAUAGAAAUGCCAGUGCAUACUGCUUAAUGUACAUAAAUGAUAAAGCACAAUUCUUAAUACAAGAGGAGUUUAAUAAAGAGACUGGACAGGCCCUCGUUGGAAUGGAAACAUUGCCUCCAGACUUGAGAGAUUUUGUUGAGGAGGACAACCAGCGCUUCGAGAAGGAGCUGGCAGACUGGGACACACAGCUCGCUCAGCGGGCGCUUCAAGAAAAGCUCCUAGCUGCUCAGAAACUGAGGGAAGCGGAGAACUCUGCGGCCACAGCACAAGCAGGUGGACCAGACUAUCUAGAGCAGCCAUCACGAAGUGACUUGUCAAAGCAGUGGAAAGAAGAAACCCUCCGAGUGAUUGCCAAGGCAUCACAUGAUCAUGAAGAUAAAGGGCCAGAGACAGUUUUGCAGUCGAAACCUGAAAACACCACAAGCGAACCACCUUCUAGCCAGCAAGCUGUAGAGGUGGAGAUUCCUCACGUAGGGAAAUUUGUGAUUGAGUCAAAAGAGGGAGGGUAUGAUGACGAGAUCAUGAUGACACCCAGUAUGCAAGGUAUUAUCAUGGCGAUAGGUAAAUCCAGGAGUGUUUAUGACAGGUGUGGUCCCGAAGCAGGGUUCUUUAAGGCAAUUAAAUUAGAGUAUUCAAGGCUGGUUAAGUUGGCCCAAGAAGAUACCCCACCAGAAACAGAUUAUCGUUUACAUCAUGUCCUGGUCUACUUUAUCCAGAACCAGGCGCCAAAGAAAAUCAUUGAGAAAACAUUACUCGAACAAUUUGGAGAUAGAAAUUUGAGUUUUGAUGAAAGGUGUCACAACAUAAUGAAAGUUGCCCAAGCCAAAUUGGAAAUGAUCAAACCUGAAGAAGUGAACUUGGAGGAAUAUGAGGAGUGGCAUGCAGAGUAUAAGAAAUUCAGAGAAACAACUAUGUAUCUCAUAAUUGGAUUAGAAAACUUUCAGAGAGAAAGUUAUAUAGACUCCUUGCUGUUCCUUAUCUGUGCUUACCAGAAUAACAAAGAGCUCUUGUCCAAGGGUCCAUACCGAGGGCACGACGGGGAGCUGAUAUCACAUUACAGAAGAGAGUGUUUACUGAAAUUAAAUGAGCAAGCGGCAGAGCUGUUCGAGUCUGGAGAGGACCGAGAAGUGAGCAACGGCUUAAUUAUUAUGAAUGAGUUCAUCGUUCCCUUUCUGCCCUUGUUGCUGGUGGAUGAAAUGGAAGAGAAGGACAUCCUUGCCGUGGAGGACAUGAGGAAUCGCUGGUGUUCGUACCUGGGGCAAGAAAUGGAAUCGAACCUCCAAGAAAAGCUGACGGAUUUUCUGCCAAAACUGCUGGAUUGUUCUACAGAGAUUAAAGGUUUCCACGAGCCACCAAAGUUACCUUCCUAUUCUGCGCAUGAACUCUGUGAGCGAUUCGCCCGAAUCAUGCUGUCCCUCAGUCGUACCCCUGCUGAUGGAAGAUAAACUGCCCGGACAUCCCGCGGUCACCAUAGAAACUCUGUUCUCUCACCCCGGCUUCCUGCCGCGGGGAUUGCUUGCUGCUGCUAGAGUUUUUAACUUUUUAUUUUAAUAACUGCAAAAGACAAAACGACUAUGCCGACCUUAGCCAAGACUGCAAACAAUAAACCUGAGACUCGCAUGGCAUUCACCUUCUUUUAUCCGAAACCGAUGUAUAAUUACAAAUGAAUUGAUUUCUUGUGGCAAAACUAUGCUUUUGCUGCCUUCUACUGCAGUAUUGCCUCUCAGUUUUCUUUACGAACAGCUUUCCAUUUAGUCUGGAACUUCCACGACUAAGCCAUUAAGUGUCCAGCACUGUGUAUGAUACAUAAUAUUUGGUAGCUUGUAAAUGAAAUCAAAGAAUAAAGUUUUAUUUAUGGCUACCUAUGUGUUUGUAAGCAGGUAUAUUGUAUAAUGGUGUGUAUUUUAGUUAUAUACAUGAGUUUAGUCAUGGGGUUGGCACUGGGUGAUGCAUACAAUAAUAGCCCUUUUGUGUUAGUAUAAUAAUGGAAACCAUAUUGAAAAUGUACUAAGUAUUUAGCACUUCAGUGUGUCUAUAUCAACUGAGUUCUUGGACCUAAACAUGUUAUGUUCAGUCAGAUUUCACUAAAGUGAGUGACUGGGUUUUAAGUCAAGCUGCAGUGAAACUUUUAACCUUUACUUAGAUUAAACGUUUGUUCUUUUAUGUAUGUGUAAAUAAUACAAGGUGAUCAUUUCAAGAGAAACCUGAAAAAGUACUUGAAUAAGGGCUAUUGUGAAAUUUAAAAAGAAAAAAAAUGUGCACAUAUACACACAUACAUGCACAUACAUGUAUUCUUCAUAAUGGAGGGCAAUGUUUUUCAUUAUAUAAUUAUUCUAUUUUUGUAAAUUAUAUACUUCUUUAAAUGAGAAAUGUCCUCUACUAAUCAAUGCUGUGAAAUGAAAUUGAUACUGUUCACCUAGAAAUUAUAAGAAUCUUAACUUUUUAUUUGCCUCUUUUUUUUUCCAAAAAAGGUAAAAGACGUAGACUAUUUUAUGAAUGGAACUACUGUUUUAAGAUCAAUGAAGUGAUGUUGUGAAUGAAAAAUCUAGAUUCAUGCUUUAAAGGUAAUCAUGUUACCACCAAUCUAUUUUUGAAUUUAUAAAAAUUCUUUAUAACUGAUACUUUGUUAGCAUAGUAAAAUAUAUCCUUAUGC